AUGAAUACUCAGCAAGAUUUUCAACUAAAAAAACGGAAGGCCACCGAUGAUGCAGAGAAGAAUGAAUCAAAGAAGACAAAGACUGUGGAAGAGUACACCCAGCAUCUUCGAGAAAAGAACGUCGCCCUGAAACAGAAGUGGGACCAAAUCGCUGAAAUGGACCCGGAAAUCAACGAGUUAGAUAGAAAACUCUACUUUCUCAAGCGGAAACGAAGUGUCGAAAGAGAAGAGUACAGGAAAGAGCUCGAAAAGCUCAAGGAAGAAAGCUGCCCUCCCGAAGGAAUCACCCAGCCAGAUGAUCUUUUUGAACAGGAUCUCGCGAUGUUCGAGACGAUAAUGGCACAUCUCCGCGAGAUCGAGGGCGAUACUUCUUCCCACAAAGCGUUUGUCGACUUUCUCAACAUAAUCACCCACUUUGAAUGCUCAGGUAAGGUCUCCGGCAUCGGCCCGACUUACUCCAAGCGAAUCCGCGAAGCACGACCAAUUUCUGAUUUCGAACAAGUGCAGAAAAUUCUUGGAAAGAAGCGAGCGACGACUAUUGCAUUGAAAUUCGAACAACAUUCUAUGUACAGAUACAAUCCAAACAAAUAA